GCGAGGCCGGGGGCGGAGGGGCCGGGCAGUCGGGCGCUUUAUUUGCGUCUGCGGGGCGCUGGCUGCGCUGCGAGUCUUGGGCGUCCGGAGAGCGGUCGGGAGGCGACCUCGCUGCCCGCCGCGCGCUGCGGCUUCCCGGCUUUACCCUCCUGGCCGAGGUACCCGCUGCCGGGCUCCGGCCCCAGACAACAAUGGUGGGUGAAGAGAAAAUGUGUCUAAGAAAACGGCUGUCAAAGUCCGAUGAAAAUCUUGAGGAAAGUGAAGAGGAGAGAAACUCUUCAGAGGAGUCCCUAGAGACAUCUAGUAAUGGUCGGAUUGACAUAAAACAGUUGAUAGCAAAGAAGAUACAGUUGACGGCAGAGGCAGAGGAAUUAAAGCCAUUUUUUAUGAAGGAAGUUGGCAGUCACUUUGAUGAUUUUGUGACCAGUCUCAUUGAAAAAUCAGCAUCAUUAGACAAUGGUGGAUGUGCUGUCACAACCUUUUCUGUUCUUAAAGGAGAGAACAACCAUAGAGCUAAAGAUCUGAGAGCACCUCCAGAACAUGGAAAGAUUUUUGUUGUAAGGCAGUCUCUCUUAGAUGAGCUGUUUGAGGUGGACCACAUCAGAACAAUAUAUCACAUGUUUAUUGCUCUCCUCAUUCUCUUUAUCCUCAGCACAGUUGUCGUAGAUUACAUUGAUGAAGGAAGGCUGGUGCUUGAGUUCAGUCUCAUAUCUUAUGCUUUUGGCAAACUUUCUAUUGUUAUGUGGACGUGGUGGACCAUGUUCUUGUGCACACUUUCAAUUCCCUAUUUCCUCUUUCAACGUUGGGCCAGAGGCUAUAGCAAGAGUUCUCAUCCAGUGAUCCAUUCUCUCUUCCAUUGCUUACUUUUCAUGGUCUUCCAGAUGGGGAUUCUGGGUUUGGGACCAACAUAUGUCGUAUUAGCAUAUACACUGCCACCAGCUUCCCGGUGCAUCGUUAUAUUUGAACAGAUUCGCUUGAUAAUGAAGGCCCAUUCAUUUGUCAGAGAGAAUGUGCCUCGGGUACUAAAUUCAGCUAAGAAGAAAUCAAGGACUGUUCCAGUACCCACAGUCAACCAGUAUUUGUACUUCUUAUUUGCUCCUACCCUCAUCUACCGCGACAACUAUCCCAGGACUCCCACUGUAAGAUGGAGUUAUGUUGCUAUGCAGUUUGCACAGGUUUUGGGUUGCCUUUUUUAUGUGUACUACAUCUUCGAAAGGCUCUGCGUCCCCUUGUUUCGAAAUAUCAAACAGGAGCCCUUCAGCGCCCGUGUUCUGGUCCUUUGUGUAUUUAAUUCCAUCUUGCCAGGUGUGCUGAUACUGUUGCUUAUUUUUUUUGCCUUUUUGCACUGCUGGCUUAAUGCCUUUGCUGAGAUGUUACGCUUUGGCGACAGGAUGUUUUAUAAGGAUUGGUGGAACUCUACAUCUUACUCCAACUAUUACAGGACCUGGAAUGUGGUAGUCCAUGACUGGCUGUAUUACUAUGCUUACAAGGACUUUCUCUGGGUUUUCACGAAGAAGUUCAGAGCGGCUGCCAUGUUAGCUGUCUUUGCUGUGUCUGCUGUAGUGCACGAAUAUGCCUUGGCUCUUUGCUUGAACUUUUUCUAUCCAGUGCUCUUCGUGCUCUUCAUGUUCUUUGGAAUGGCUUUCAACUUCGUUGUCAAUGAUAGUCGGAAAAGGCCAAUUUGGAAUGUUAUGAUGUGGACUUCCCUUUUUGCGGGCAAUGGAGUUAUCCUGUGCUUUUAUUCUCAAGAGUGGUAUGCACGUCAGCACUGUCCUCUGAAAAAUCCCACAUUUCUGGAUUAUAUCCAGCCACGUUCCUGGACUUGUCGUUACAUGUUUUAGAAGUUUGGACUUUGUUUCCUUCCUUGACACUGAAGAUUGGAUAUUCUGCCUGAUGUGGGGCCAACAUCUGUUUCCAGCUGUUACUGAAGUUAUCUGAUUAUUUGGACAACUCCAGGCUUACAGAUGGCUCACUCCGUUCCUAGCUCACCUUAAGCCGAGCUGUUGGAAAUUUACUGGAAUCUUUUACACUUAAGCAGGACUUUGUUUUUUUUCCUAUGUGGGAGAAGGGAGACUUGAGGCUGCCUUAAUUACAGAUUUUUGCUGGGUCAUAUCAGCUCAAGCCUCAGAAGUUAUAUCUUUUUUGUUUUGGACUCUAUCUAAUUAGACGCUAAACUUAUGUUUUCUUGGCUACUAAAUUAGCCAAAACACUUAUGAAGAAAUCAUUUAAAUUUCCUCUGGCUUAGAAAUUUUUUCAUGCACACAGUUGGAAUAUAUGCUAAUUGACCAUGCAACUGGGAAAGAAAAGAAAAUAAUGUGGAACGGUUUGCUAUUUCUAGAAGAAAGGAAAUACUGUUUUCCAAAGAUAAUCUUGUUAUACAUCCUAAUUUGUAUUUUUUUGAAAAAAGUUCAGUUCUACUCAGUUUUUACCUUGUUUUUGCUAUACACUGUAGGUCAUGAUUUCUGUGAGGCAAAAUUGUA